AUCAUUCGCACAUUUAUUUACAGAGGGGAACGUUCGAAUAAUUUUUUAAAAUUCUGGAAUCCGAUUCACCAUUUUAAGAUUUAAAUUUUUUAAAAAGUAUUUAAUAUUAAUUUUAUUUUUGUGAAGAAGAAUAUCGUCUGCAUAACUAUUUUAAAUGUUGUGCUUUCAUUUUUUCAAAUCUGCCAAAAAAAUGGCAACGGAGGUGAAAGGGAAGAAACAAACUAUAUGUUAUAAAUACAAUGUUGCACAGUCUACUAUUUCAGAAGGAGUGUCGGUGACUCUGAAAGAGAUGUCCAUGCAAAUGGCAGACGAGGAUGAGCGUCACAGAAUGUAUGCUCUCCUCACUUGUAUCAUCACAGUGGUGUUCGACAUCUUCCUUGGAAUAGCAGCUUUUGUUUGUGCUGCAGUUACAGACAGUUCAGCUGGAUAUGCUUUUGCUCUGGAUUGUCUGCUGGAUGUGCUUGCAGCAACUUUGGUUGUUUGGAGAUUCUAUGGAUCGACGUCAACUCACUCGGAUUUCAAAGAAAAUGUGGCCUGCAUUUGCUUAGGGAUAUUAUUUUGUUUGUCAUCUGUUGGAAUCAUAGCGAAGUCUGCGCAUGACUUGGCUAUUCAUCACAUUCCGCAACAACUGAUGUAUGUCUUCAUCCUCGCUGGCGUGGGUGGAGUUAUGAAUUCAGUGCUGGGUUGUGCCAAAUACAUGCUGGGCAAAAAGAUGAAAAGUCAAUCGCUAAUACUUGAAGCGAUCAACACUUCUCUGAGUGCAGUCCUAGCAAUGAUGCUGGCUGUGAGCGAUAUUUUGUAUUUCUAUCACCCAUCAGCAUGGACGAUCGAUCCCAUCACCAGCAUUGUCGUGGCAGUCAUCCUCUUCGUUGGUGGCCUCAAGGUGCUGUGCAGGCGAAAACACAAUCCAGAAACCACGCCCCUCCUUGUGGGGGUUGCAGUGUGAGCGGCACGCCCCCUUACUCUACAACAAGCUCACACUCUACAACACGUCAAAUGUAGAUGCCAUGCAUCAACGUCUUGACCAAUCCGGCACAUGUGCCAAAUAUUCUUCAGUGCUGGAGACGAAGCAUUACAUUGCAAGUCAACUGUCCGCAGGUCGGUCGAAGCUGACCAUUUCAAUGACCGCACGCCAGGGCGCACUUCCUGACCGCAGGACAGAGGCUCCAAGUCCAGUAGUUCUUGUACAGCUUUCAUUGUUUCCGGUUCAGAAUUUUAACUUGUUCUUUGUUUCUACUAUUUUAAAUGCAUAUCACGAGGUCUUUCUGUAACAUACGCGCACAUUGCGAUACGUUGCUUUUAUAUUUAAUAUGUGUAAACUAAACUCUGAUUUUAUUGUUGAAAUUAAAGUGAUCUCGUUGUGCAA